AUGAAGACCAGGAAGGAGAGCUAUGCCAUCUACGUGUACAAGGUGCUGAAGCAGGUCCACCCUGACACCGGUAUCUCCUCCAAGGCCAUGGGGAUCAUGAACUCCUUUGUUAAUGACAUCUUUGAGCGCAUCGCAGGAGAAGCCUCUCGCCUGGCUCACUACAACAAGCGCUCCUCCAUCACCUCCCGUGCGCCUGCUGCUACCCGGAGAGCUGGCACAGCACGCUGUGUCCGAGGGCACCAAGGCUGUCACCAAGUACACCAGCGCCAAGUAAUCGCAUUCUUCUACUUUACUAUGAACCCAAGGGCUCUUAUAAGAGCCACCCACAUUGUCUGUCAGAGCUCUACUCCUCCUGAUAAACCCGCUAGUAUCUCUGCUGCUCUCAGUAUUCAUUGUUUAGUGAAUCUCAUAUUGCGCAAACUGUUUUUAUCACUAGAUCUGAAUUGCCUUCGUCUGCUAGAUGGACCUUAA